AUGUUUUACCAUGCUUCCGAAGAUCUGGUUUACUGGAAGACCCUGGAUCGCCUUGUCCUUCCUAGCCUACGAGAGACACAUCCCUUGGGCCCUGUCCGCCGAGUCGAUGUCUUAAGUUGCUUCGACUAUCUGGAGGGUCCGGAUACGAAAGAUCCUGUGACAUUGCUGACGCAGCUGUCCCCAGUAGUCUUCUGCUGUCGUGUGUGGCGGUCGUCCUUGAGCUUCUAUCCUGUCCUUGCAAAGACGUUGCACAGCUUGAGGUAUCUCGACCUCACCAUUAAGACAGAGGGAAAACAAUAUUGGGACAAUGUAGAUGGCCCCAGUGAAGAGAAAUUGCUGGAGCAUGUGAGGGCCCAUGUCGAUCGUGUCUGUAGUUGCAGGUUUGCGCUCACUGGCAUGCGCAUCCGGGUCGAUGCCUGGGAUUGUGAGCGAGUCACUGCGGAUGUGCUCCUGCGCAUGGCACUGCAUGCUGCCAGGAUUCUGAUAUCGCUCAACUACAUCGGCGUAGGCGGCAUAUCAACAAACUGGGCGACGUGGUACCGCGUUUGGUCUCACGAUGGUGAACAACCCGUCCUAGAGGCACUUCCUGCUCGCGAUGCAGUCAAAGUCGAGCGGGAGCUCCUCGACACGCAACGUUCGUGA